AUGGUUGCCGAAGAUCGAAUUGGACGAUUUUUCAAAGUGCCACAGAUGUUGGAUUUCAAUGCAGCAAACAGAAGUGUCUGCGUGGAUUUAUCACACAAAAGAAAAAAAAUAAACUGCAAAAAACAGACCGGAUUUAAAGCCAUAACGACAGUGUCGGAUUCACCAUUUGAUGAUCUUAUCAUUGACAAUGUCCAGUCAAAUUUUCUCAGCUGCAGCGGAGGAUUUUAUCGUCUGCGCGGAGGCAAAGCGAGUGACACCUAUGUUGUUAAAAGAACUUGCAAAAGAUGCGUCAUCAACAAUUAUGACAGCGAUGAAAAAUCUGACUUGCUCUUCAUCGAGGAAACAUUCAAAAAUUUGAAAGCAUUUUGUAUUCCCAGCUUCGGGGAAAGAUGGAAAUACCCAGUCUCGAACAAUCCAGAAGACCAAGACUUUCGUGCUCAAUACAAUGGUACGCGAACGAUAACUUUACGAACACGAACCGGCAUAAAGAAAAACAUUUUGAACAACAUAUUUUAA